CUUUUUCUCUGUAUGCAAACAUAACGAAUGAUAUCAAACGAAACACCAGAAUCGAGUAGACCCACACUACCAUCUACAGAACCUCGUCCACUUAAUGUCAAAGAUGCCUUGACUUAUCUAGACAAAGUCAAGGCCACAUUUGCUUCACAAGCAGAUGUCUAUAGUCGAUUCCUCGAUAUCAUGAAAGAUUUCAAGAGUCAAAUGAUAGAUACCCCUGGUGUGAUUGAACGCGUAUCAAGUCUAUUUCGAGGUCAUCCUACCUUAGUUUCAGGCUUCAAUACAUUCUUACCGCCUGGUUAUUGUAUUGAGUGCAGUGUGGAUGACCAAGAAAGGAAUGUCAUCAAAGUCACUACACCUUCAGGUACCACAUGUAUCACAGAAAAUGAAGCAUUGGUGCUUUCUUCUGAUUCUAGUCCUGUUGAACACCCUUCUACAAAGACACCUGUUGAAUUCAAUCAAGCCAUUACGUAUGUCAACAAGAUCAAGACUCGAUUUUCAAAUCGACCAGAUACCUACAAGAAGUUUCUAGAGAUCCUUCAGACCUAUCAAAAAGACCAAAAACCAAUUGAACAAGUCUAUGCAGAUGUCAAGACAUUGUUUGAUGGUUCUGAUGAACUUCUUGAAGAAUUCAAACGGUUUUUACCUGAUCCUAAUAAACGCCACAAGAAACGUAUGAACAGCAUGCCCCAUCUAAACCUGUCUAAACGAACAAAGCAUCAUCAUCAUCAUCAUAACGAAGUCUCCGAUGUUCGUUCCAACAUAGACAGUAUUCAGCCUACAUUUUCAGCAGAAGAAGCGGAUUUUUUCGAUCAAGUCAAGACGUACAUUGGCAACAAAGCAACCUACAACGCAUUUCUUAAAGUGCUUAAUUUAUUCAGUCAACAUAUUGUCGAUCAACAUGUGCUUGUCAGCCGAGUCGAGAGUUUUAUUGGUGGUAAUAAGCACUUGUUUGAUUGGUUUAAAGAGUUGGUUGGGUACGAUGGGAUUGAAGAACAAAGUCUGUCUCGACCCACCAUGCAGCCUAUGCAUGACCAUGAUGCCAGGAACUGUGGGCCUAGUUAUCGCCAUGUAGCCAAGACGUGGCAAGACCAACCUUGUUCAGGCAGAGAUGCACUCUGCUGGGACGUUUUGAACGAUAUGUAUGUAUCCCAUCCUACCUGGGCAUCUGAAGACACUGGGUUUGUGGCUGCUAAAAAGAACCAGUAUGAAGAAGCACUCCAUCGGGUGGAAGAAGAACGGUAUGAUUAUGACCUGAAUAUCGAAGCCAAUCUAAACACCAUUGCUGUCUUGGAACCCAUUGCAAAAAAGAUCAUGGCUAUGACACCUGAAGAAAAAGCAAGUUAUCGUCUGGACCCUGGUUUAGGUGCCAGCAGCCCAACAAUUUAUCAACGGAUCAUCAAAAAGAUCUAUGGGACCACGAAAGGCAUGGAAAUGAUGGACUUGUUGCACUCCAAUCCUGCUCAAGCAGUGCCUAUUGUGCUAAAGCGAUUACGCCAAAAGGAUGAUGAAUGGAAACGGGCUCAAAGGGAAUGGAACAAGAUUUGGCGUGAAGUAGAAGCGAAAAACUAUUGGAAAUCAUUAGACUGUCAGGGUAUUUCAUUCAAGCAAAAUGACCGUAAGGCCAUGGCCACACGUUUGUUGCUCAGCCAGGCUGAAUUACAAAGGGUUCAAAACAAGCCCUUUGAGUAUGUGUUUGAGGACACAGGUGUCUUUAAAGAUGCCUCUCGCUUGAUUUACUUUUAUUUGGAUCGUCAGCCUGUGUAUAAUCCAGAGGAUUGUGAUUUAAUGCGUGAAUUUAUGAAUACGAUGAUUCCUAUGUUGUUGGAUGUCACUGAUGUAGAACCCUCUGCUGUUGAUAGUGAUAUAGUGAUGGAAGAUGGAGUCGAUGAUGAUGCUUCUUCUGUUCAGUCAACACCACUUACCAGACCCUUAACAAAAGCAGCUAGAAGACGACGCACCACAGUAGCUGGAAGAAGUGCUAAAAUGGGUACACAAGAAGAUGAUACUGGUCUUUUAAAGGAUGUCUUGAAACGUAACAUGAACAGUACUCGAAAGAAACAUCAUUCUGAUGAAGAUGAAGAUGAAAGUGAUGAAGAAGAUCAUGAAGAAGAAGAUGAAGAUGAGGAUGAUGAAGACCAUGAAGAAGAAGAUGAUGAUGAAGACGAGGAGGAGGAAGAAGAAGAAGGGGAGGAAGAUAAAGUACGUCGUACACAUACAAGUGAUCAAGAAGAAGAAGACAACAACAAUAAUGAUGAGGAAGAAGAAGAAGAGAACAUACGCCGCCCUCGUCGUCCUCGUCGUGCAGCAGCAGCAGCAGUAGCAGCAGCAGUUAUACGUACAAAAAAGAAGAAGCAACAGCGUAUACCCAAGAACAAGAAAUCAGUACCUAUGUUAGCUUCUUUGAUUGAUUCAACGCAUGAAGAGAAUCAAAAAACAUACACAUUUUAUGGUGACAAUAGAUUUUAUUGCUUCUUUCGCUUAUACCAAAUACUGUAUGAAAGACUGAGUAAGAUGAAGGCAUUGGAUGCUGAAUUCAAGCGAGAUCCACGGAAAUCACUCAGAGCGUAUGAAGAAGCAAGGGAUUUAGGCAUGACACCCAAACGAUUUAAAGCCCUCCAAGUCAAUACUAAGCGUGGUUCUUAUCAGAUCUUGUUAUCACUGAUUGAUAAACUAUUUGAAGGUGGAUUGGAUCAACAGACAUUUGAAGAAUGUGUCCGUUAUAUAUUUGGUGGAGAUGCCUAUAUUAUGUUUACCAUAGACAAGCUAGUGUUGUCCAUUGUUCGCCAUAUUCAUAUCAUUAUCACAGAUACACAAUCUCAAGAAUUGUAUGAAAUAUUCAAGCAUGAAAAUAAGGCAGAACAAAUGGAUCAAGGUGACAUUGGUACUUAUCAAACACGCGUUUCUGGUGUUAUUGAUGCUACAGAAAACACUUUUGAAUUUGUCUUUAAACUGACAAGUCGAAUAUUGAGUAUUCGAUUAUUAGAUGGACAUCAUUCAGACCAAUACAGUGGUUAUGAUGAAUAUGUAGCCAAUUAUAUCAAUUGGUCUCAAGAAACAAAGGGUGUCAAUCAGUCUCUAUUAACAUCCCGGUUUUUACAAAGAAAUAUCACCCACAAUACAACACAAAAGGAUAUGAUGGUACGGUCAGGCAUGCAAUACAAAAUAUGCAGAGAUACCUAUCAUAUGUUCUAUAUUAUUGGCACAGAAGACGCCUUUGUUCGUCGACAACCACCACGAACAUACCAUCAUAAAAAUAUAUUCCAACAAUGGAUAGAUCAACAAUGGACAUCAGAGCAAGAAAAGACUGAAGCUGAGCGUAAUGCACUUUCUUUGCUUGAAUAAAUAAUAAUAAAAGCUUUUUUUUUUUUUUAUGAUUGUCUGUAUUUACAAAAUGCCCCAGAUUUCUUCUACUGCACAUACAAUCUU